UCAUAGACUCAUAGGUCCCCACCCACCCCUCAGAAAGUCCCAAACAAUUGGGGAGGUAAAAAUAGUGUCAAAAAUUCUAGAAAAGAAGAGAAAAUUCCAACGCGAAACUCAAAUCAAAUCAAAUCUGCUAGAGGCGGUCAUUGCAAUAAAAAAUACAAAGAAUUUGUUCAUAUUUUCUUCUUUUUGAACAAAACGCAAACAGUUGGUAGGCAUCGUUUGAAGCUUCGUUCUUUUUCUUCUCAUAUGCUUCUUCUCUUUCUCUCUUUCAUGCUUAACCUUCGCUUUUCUCUCACCAGGGUAUAGAUUGCUAAAAAUUGUGCUUGGAUGAGAAGUUGUAUUGAAGUAUUCAAGUUUAUAUGUCUCUGUAAUUUACAGACAUGCCGACAUAUACUGCAAUAGCGUUUGAUAGGUUUUUAGAGACUGGAGCUUCCAAGCCAAUUGAUAAACCUGCUCCAACUUCAAUGCCUGUACCAAAAGUUCAAAAACUUGAGAGGACUACUAGUGCUCCACCUGUGAAAAAUAAGGUUCCUCGUCCUCGGUUAAAGCCAGCACUUUAUACUACACCUGAGGUGAAACAACUUCCAGUUGUAGAUUCUCCUUCUUCAUUCCCUCCUUCACCAUACAUCAUUAACCAUAAACGUCGUGGCCCGCGUCUCCACAAGAGUUCGUCUGAGGCCAGUGUGCUGUCCAAGAAGAAUGUUUCCAGCGACGAAAAGGUUGAUGAUAAGAGCUUUGAUACUUGUGCUGCAAGUUCAGCGGGUGAUCUCCAAUUCAGUUUUACAAAUCCUGAACCUGUUGAAAAGGAGCUCUUGAAUGGUGUCUGUGGUGGUGAAUUUGAUAGAAGCAAUGGAAGUGAACUGAUGAAUGGACACAAAGAACCAGAGAAUAGUAGCUUUGCAAAUGGUUUGAUCAGGGAAAAUGGUCCUGCAUUGAAUACGGCAAGAGAUACAGAUAUUGAAGACUUCUUUGACCCGCAAGAUUCAAUGAGUUUCACAAGUAACACUGACGUGGAAGAAAAUGCAGGGACAGACCUAUCUAUGAAAUUCAGCAGUCCUGGCGGGGAGUUUUAUGAUGCUUGGGAAGAACUAUCAUCCGACGCUGCUACUCAAAAUUCUGCAUCUGAUGUUGAAGCUGAAUUGCGUGAAAUGAGAUUGAGUCUAUUGAUGGAGAUAGAGAAGCGGAAGCAAGCUGAAGAAUCCCUGAACAACAUGAGAAAUCAAUGGCAGAGUAUUAGGCAGGGGUUGUAUCUAGCAGGAAUCAUUUUGCCUGCAGAUCUUACAGCUGUUGCUGAGGGUGAGCAGCUGAAUUCUGAUCCAGUGGAAGACCUAUGUCAACAACUUUAUGUUGCUAGGUUCAUAUCAAAUACUAUUGGGAGAGCAACUGUUAGGACUGAGGUAGAGAUGGAGAUGGAAGCUCAACUAGAGUCAAAGAACUUUGAGAUUGCUCGGCUCAUGGAACGUCUCCACUGUUAUGAGACCAUGAAUCAUGAGAUGUCUCAGAGAAACCAGGAAGCAGUAGAGAUGGCACGACGUGAGAGGCAGAGAAAGAGUAAGAAGCAGAAAUGGAUUUGGGGUUCCCUAACGACUGUGAUCGCACUUGGUACGGCAGCAGUAGCAUGGUCUUAUCUUCCUGCUGGUGGAGAGUCGUACUCCGCAGAAGAUCAUCCAGUUCCCAAACAUGAUGAUGCAGCUAAAUAAAUAAUUCACCCUAUACUCACUAACUCUGAAUCCUUGUUACUCAGAUACUUUAGGAGUGAAAAAUAGAAGUUAUACCUGCCAUAGUGUGGUCAACUCAUCUCCUUGAUCAGUUACAAGUUUCUUGCAUCCUCAGUUUGUGCAUAAUCCAGAUAUAUAGAAGAAUGUGUCCUUCACUGGAAGUCCUCGUAGGUAGUUUUUUUUAUGGGAGUGUUUUGAACCACAUGUUGGAGAAAUAUGCCAUAGCAUCCUAUGCAUUGGAGCCAACUGUUUUACUUGUCAUGUUUAGCCAUAUGCUGCAUCUGGCUCAGUGCAUUUAUAGUUAUGGGAGUUUUUGUGAGCAUUUCCACACACUAGAGAGUUUUAUUGUCCGCUGAAUGUAAGCUUGAUUAACUUAAAGAGGUGAAUUCGCUGAGCACUGAUGAAUGCCGAAUUUUGUUUUUUGUGUUGUCUCUGUCAAAUGGUGAACUACUCAUAUAUCUUGAUGCACCUUAGCAUUGUCGAUUGUAACAAUGCUACUAGCUGUUGGAUCAUGCUGUUGUAGUCAGCCGUAGUUUUUGCAUUUUCUACAACCAUGAAGUGGUAGAAGGUUGUGGUUAGGAAUUCAUUUUUUAUGGUAUAUAUGAGUCAUUCGUUGAUUACCUA